CUUCCUCUCGCGAAACAAUAACAACUCAACUGCUCAAACUUUCUUUUGUUUUUCUUGGAAUCCAAACAGACCAUCAAAACUUUGGAAGAAACAAAUUUUUUAAUCCUCCUAAUGCUCGAUUCUCCAGGCAUUAGUUGUAUAGUCUGGUAAGAUAUGAAAGAAAAGAACACUACUUCAACACUCAAGCGCAUUUUAGUGAACUGUACUGCCCAGGCAAAAGAUUAUGGGGGAUGUGUUGCAGCUAAGGUUCCGGAAAUUGAGCGUGAUAUGUGCCUGAAAGAAUUUCUUGCAUUGAAGAACUGCAUGCAGAAUACGCUUCGUGGAAAGGUUUAAGCAUUUAUCUUCAACCUUGAAGGCAGUAACUGAAGCAAACUCUCUUUUCAGAAUCUUAAGAGUGUAGUAAGAAAAAUCCAAUAAACGUUUAGUUUAAAUACAGAAAAGAGAAUCCAACAGUCUUUUUGUAAUGGGAUUGAGCGUAUAAAUCGGGUCUAGGGUCUCUCAUUUUAGCACAUUCUAUAUUUCUGAUUUGGUUUUCAAGUCUGAGAGGCAAAGAAGUCGAGAAUGUCUGUGAAAGCGUCAAGUUCACAGCUAAAUGCUAGCUUUAGUGGGUCUGGUGGACUGUCACAUGUUUUUGUUCAAUAUCCACCUUUAAGAUGUUGUAUUCCAGGAUCAAGGGGUUUAUAUUAUGAUGAUGGGAGCAAGCUGCUGCUUUCCCCAACAUCUAAUCAGGUUUUUUCUUGGAAGACUGCUCCAUUUGAUCCUAAUGUUGCUCCCACAGCUGAUUCAAUAAGUGAAGGGCCUGUUUUAUCUAUUCGAUAUUCUUUAGAUGCAAAGUUCAUUGCAAUCCAACGCUCUAGUCAAGAACUACAAUUUUGGCAUAGAGAAACAGGGGAAACCUUUACUCACAAGUGCAGAUCAGAGUUAGAGAGUAUACUGGGAUUCUUCUGGACUGAUUGUCCCCUCUGUGAUAUUGUGCUUGUAAAAACAAGUGGGCUCGAUUUACUUGCCUAUGGUCAUGAUGCAAAAUCGCUUGGCUUGGUAGAGACGAGGAAACUAAAUGUCAAUUGGUAUGUCUAUACCCAUGAAAGUCGCAUGGUUCUUCUUGCUUCAGGGAUGCAAUGCAAAACAUUCACUGGAUUUCAGCUUUCAUCUGCAGGAAUUGUCCGCUUGCCAAAGUUUGAUAUGGCAAUGGCAAAAUCUGAUGCAAACAGUAAGCCUGUCUUAGCUGCUGAAGAUAUCCAUAUUGUGACUGUCUAUGGGAGGAUAUACUGUUUGCAAAUUGAUAGAGUGGCAAUGUUAAUACACUCACAUAGGUUUUAUCGAGAUGCUGUUAUACAACAGGGUUCUUUGCCAAUUUAUUCAAGCAAAAUAGCUGUGAGUGUUAUUGAUAAUGUCCUGCUCAUUCAUCAAGUGGAUGCAAAGGUUGUUAUCCUAUAUGAUGUAUUUGUUGAUUCGCGAGCACCGGUGUCUGCUCCACUUCCUCUACUGUUUAGGGGUUUCCGUAGGUCCACUACAUCAUCCUCUCGAUCUACUGACAAAGAUAGUGAAAGCACAGAGGCUAACACAAGUGACUAUGAAACAAUCGUUUAUGGAGACGACUGGACAUUUCUAAUUCCCGACCUCAUUUGUGAUGUUGCUAACAAGUUGUUGUGGAAAAUCCAUCUAGAUUUAGAGGCAAUUUCUGCUAGUAGUUCUGAGGUUCCUUCAGUUCUGGAGUUUUUGCAGCGACGGAAAUUGGAAGCUAAUAAGGCUAAGCAGUUAUGCCUGGCAAUAACGCGUACUGUCAUUUUGGAAAGGAGACCAAUGUCCAUGGUUUCAAGGGCAAUAGAUGUACUGGUUACUAAUUACUCUCAUUCAAUCAAAACCGGCAGCUAUUUCAAGGGAAUAAAAGUGGAGAAGACAUUAGCAUCCAGCGGCGCUCGUUUAAAUAGUCCCAGAUCCGAUGCCAAUGUAUCAAGUGUAGUUGACACUCUUGGAAAACCGUUGAAACAGAAAUCUGGUGAUCGGGCUGAGAAUGAAUCACACAGCAGAUCUUCAAAUGUUUCCACUUCCGAUUCCGACAACGAGACAUGCUAUAGAUCACGCAAAAUCAUCACAGACAAGGGAAACAUUUUUGGUGUUGAAAGCAGUAGCACUGAAGUUCAGCCAUCAUCUUCUCAAUCUCAGAAUCAUAGGAGUAGUAGCAACCUAUUAAAUGUUAAUGUGUUGGAGCCGCAGGAUUUACAAGUUUCUUCACCAGCAGUUUCACCUGAUGAAAUGUACAGCUUUGUGUUUGCUCCAGUUGAGGAAGAAUUAGUGGGAGAUCCAUCUUACUUGGUUUCCAUUAUUGUGGAAUUCCUUCGCAGCACAAACUUGGAAAAGAUUAGAGUCCAUCCAAAUCUCUAUGUGUUGACAGUACAACUUCUAGCACGCAAUGAGCAAUAUACGGAGCUUUCAUCACUCAUCAUAAACAAGGUUCUUGAGCCCUCAAAAGAAGUAGCAAUGCAGCUCUUAGAGUCAGGUCGACAGAAUUUUCAAAUCAGAAAGCUGGGUCUGGAUAUGCUGAGACAGCUUUCCUUACAUUACGACUAUGUGGUACAGCUGGUGCAAGAUGGUUACUAUCUUGAAUCAUUGCGCUAUGCAAGAAAGCAUAAGGUCAACACUGUCCAGCCUUCGUUGUUUCUUGAAGCAGCUUCGGCUUCCAGAGACUCACAACUUCUUGCUGCAGUUCUAAGAUUUUUUUCAGACUUUCUUCCCGGGUUUAUGAACACGUCGGAUCACCAUACAUAUUUUCGUAUUCUUAAUGAGAUGAACUCAGCCAUAGCAACAUGACAGUUGGAUAUCUGACUGGCUUUUUUGGGGGAGAGUUGACAUAUAGUAGGAGAGAGAAUAAUCUACGUUUCGAUUUUUAGCCGAAAUGAAGAAUGUUUUUCCUUUGCUUUGGCAGGGAGAACAGUCGAACUGCUCUAUGUAAAAUGCAAAUGAGAUGCCUUGAAAUGGAAAAUGAAAAAAAUAAUUUUUGAAAAAAUAUAUGUUUUAAUAUAAGAUUUUUAAUUUUCAGAAGUCUUUUUGAAAAUAAAAAUAAAAUGCAAAUGUAGGAUUAAUAAUUUUUUUGCAAUGUAGAUUAUAAUUUUAAGAGCAAAUUAUGUUGUAAUUUUAAGAGCAGAUUAUAAUUUUUAUAUAUAUUAUUUCUCAUGUUUGAAAGUUAAA